AUGGCUCCGCGAAUGCUGAUUUCUGGCCUGCUGGCUUCGGCCAGCCUCAUUCUCCCGGCUGCAGCUCAGCUGUCAGGCACAGUUGGGCCGACUACCACCACUUCUGCGAAGCAGUCCACAAAGCAAUGCAACAUCUUGGACUACGGCGGAACAGCAGAUGCAUCAACAGACAACGGUGAUGCUAUCGCCGCGGCAUGGAAGGACUGCGCGUCAGGUGGUGAAGUUCUUAUCCCUGAGGGUGAAUACGGAAUGGCAACUUGGGUCAAGUUGUCGGGAGGUAAAGGGACGAGCAUCAACCUCGAGGGAACCAUCUACCGAACGGGCACAGACUCGGGCAACAUGUUCAUGAUCGAGCACUCCACGGAUUUCGAGUUCUACAGCGCUUCGUCCAAGGGCGCAAUCCAAGGCUACGGCUAUGAGUUCCACAAGGACGGCAAAUAUGGGGCACGUCUCUUGCGACUUUAUGAUGUCCAGGACUUCUCUGUUCACGAUGUGGUCCUUGUCGACGCUCCGCAGUUUCACCUUUCCCUGGACACUUGCACCAAUGGCGAGGUCUACAACAUGAUUAUCCAUGGAGGUUACCAAGGUGGUCUUGACGGUAUCGACGUCUGGGGCUCCAACAUCUGGAUCCACGAUAUCGAGGUCUCUAACAAGGACGAAUGUGUGACGGUCAAGGACCCCUCCGAUCACCUCCUGAUCGAGCAAGUUCACUGCAACUGGAGUGGUGGUUGCGCUAUGGGCUCGCUGGCUACUGAUAUUGACAUCCACGACAUUGAGUACAACUACGUCUACACUCACCACUCGAACCAAAUGUACAUGAUCAAAUCUAGCGGAGGCAGUGGCGACGUCAAGAACCUGGCCUUCAACAACUUCAUGGGUCACUCCAACGCGUACACGCUGGACUUUGACACAGCUUGGGGAAGCAUGUCUGUCUCAGAGGGCGACGGCAUCAACUACUCCAACAUUUCUUUCUCCGGCUGGUCGGGCACCUGCGAGGACGGAACCCAGCGCGGGCCGAUCAAGAUGAACUGCCCCGAGGCCGUGCCUUGCACCGACAUCACCGUCGAGGACUUCAGCGUGUGGACCGACUCCGGAGACGAGGUGCUGUACGCGUGCCAGAACGCGUACGGCACGGGGGCUUGCCUCAACACGGCCGAUGCCACCACCGCGUACAGCUCGACGCAGACCAUCACCACCUCCGGCGACGCCUCCUUCUCCACCAUGGCGAACGAGCUCACCACCGGCUGGGACAUCUCCGCCUCGAUCCCCAUCCCCACCAUGCCUGCCUCCUUUUACCCCGGCAGGCAGCCCAUCAGCGCCAUCCUGAACGGCGGUGGCUCCUCCGCCGACACCAACGAGAAGGCCGUCGCCCAGGCCAGCGCCACUCGUGCUGCUUCUUCUGGAAACGUGGGUGCCACCGGGUACGCCCCGAGCCUGCCAUCCGCGACUGGCUUUGUCACCAGGUACUCGUCUGCCGCCCCCCCUCAACCCACCACGGGCGACCAGGGCAACCGGGGCUGGGGUAGAGACAAGAUGAGCCCCGCGCUUGAGUCCACCGACGCCAAGAACAAACUCGAGGACCUCUCAGGAGUCAAGAUCAAGCCGGGAGAGAACCCAUACAAGGCUUUGAUCGAGGCCUGCCACGAUGAUGCGGCAGAGAUACAGUCACUGUACUCAACACACCGGGUGACAAGAAAUGGGCAGCAGAAGGAGAAGUUCCUAUCGUCAGAUUUCAAGGAGGUCCUCAUCGACCCCUUCCUGCUGAGACUUGAGAACCCGAGCAUGGAGCCGGGCUUCACGGACCCGAGGAACUGCCUCGUAUUCUGGGCCAGACCACCUGAGCACAUCAUCAAGCUCGCCAGUAAAAUACAGUCUCUGCUAAAGGAGGCGGCGCCCAAAAUCUGGCUCAUGCCACCUCACCGCAUGCACCUCACAACCCUCGAGAUAACCCACAGCCGCACGCCCGCCGAGAUCGACCAGAUCGUCACGCAGAUGCGCCCCACGAUCCCGGCCCUGGCCAACUUCACCCUCGCGCACCGCAGCCGCCUCGUCAAGCCCAUGGUCUCGUACGACCUGGCCGCUUUCGCCAUGUCCUUCCUCCCGGCCGCGGGCGAGCCCGUCACGUCACCGGCCCCAGCCGCAGGCGGCGCCCACGAGGCCGACGACCCGUACACGUACCACCACCUGCGCCGGGACGUCUUCGACCUCGCCAGGACGGCGGGCGUGGACGUCGACUCGCGGUACGUCGUGCCCAGCGCGCACAUCACGCUGGGCCGAUACCUUACGCAGGAGGACCACGCGACGCCUGCCGCGCGGGAGAGGUGGACCAGGGCUAUCGAUGAGGUUAAUGCGUGGCUGGAGAAGGAAGUAUGGAACAGCGCCGAGGCGUCGCUUGUCGGGGAGUGGAUCGUAGGCCAGGAGAAAGGCAUCGAUGCUAGGAGCGGCCGGCUCUGGUAUGGAGGGGGCAGGACCAUCAUGAUGGGCGAGGGAUUCUAG